GGUGUGUCCCCAGCCGAGGGGUACGCUAUGCCAGAAGGGCCGUCUGUGAGGAAGUUUCACCACCUGGUCUCUGCCUUUGUGGGCCAGCAGGUGGUCAGGACGGGGGGCAGCAGUAAAAAGCUGUGUCCUGCCACACUGCAGUCCCUGUGGCUUAAGGACACGCAGGUCCUAGUCCAUCUCUGGAUUCUGUCCAGCUGGCUUAUCCUGUGCUUCCAGGAUGGCCCCUUGGUCCCUCCAUGCAUCCCUGACUGCUGGAUUUGCUCUGUACAGGGAAAGAAACUAUUCCUCAGAUUUGAUGCAGAUGAAGAAGUCGGGGCUCCUGACAACAGCCCUCUGCCGCAGCCUGGGCAGAAAGGAAGGCGGAGAGAAACGGCUGUGGGCCCAGCACCAGCGCCCAGCGCCCAGAAGGCCUGUGACGGGUCCCCCCAGCCCAUGGAGCUGCUUCCUGGGGGCCCCGUUGUUCCUGGUGGCCUGGAGCAGGACAGCCCCGCAGCAGGGGCCCCAAGGUGGCUGCAGGUCCGCUUUGGUUUGUUUGGCAGCGUCUGGGUGAACGAGUUCUCCAGAGCGAAGAAAGCCAACAAGAGGGGAGACUGGCGGGAUCCCGUGCCCAGGCUGGUCCUGCACUUUGGCAGAGGUGGAUUCCUGGUGUUCUAUAAUUGUCAGAUGUCUUGGAGCCCUGCGCCAACGAUAGAACCCCGCUGUGACAUACUGUCUGAAGAGUUCCACCGAGGACAGGCCUUGGAGGCUCUGGGUCGGCCGCAGCCUGUGUGCUACACGCUGCUGGACCAGCGAUACUUCUCGGGGUUAGGGAACAUCAUUAAGAACGAAGCCUUGUACAGAGCCCGGAUCCACCCCCUGUCUCUUGGCUCGCUCCUGAGUGCCCCGUCCCUGGAGACCCUCGUGGAUCACGUGGUAGAGUUCAGUGCAGACUGGCUUCAGGGCAAGUUCCAGGGCCAGCAGCAGCACACGCAGGUCUACCAGAAGGAGCAGUGUCCAGCAGGGCACCAGGUCCUGAAGGAGGCCUUUGGGCCCCCCGGUGGCCUCCAGAGGCUCACCUGGUGGUGCCCGCAGUGCCAGCCCCGGCUGCCACCUGAGGAGCCGCAGCAGCUCCAGUCCUAAGUCACCAGGGCCCUGCUUCGUGGUCUUGGCCUCUGGGGACUGCGAUCCCUAGGGUGUGGACAGGGACUCGGAGUGGUACGGAGGAGGAGUGGGCCAGAGGUGCGGGUGGUGUUUCCCUUCUCACUGGAGUGGUGUGUGAGGCAUGGAUUGCUCGAUGGUAGAUGCUUCCCUUUUCUAGCUGCAGUAAUGCUCCCUCAUUCUAACAUGGCGAAGGUGUCAGUGAAGGGACAUGGCAGGGGCCUGGAAGAGAACACCUGCUGUGCUCCCAGUGUUGCUUUUCAAGUCUUUUGUUCGGGAAACUUUGGUUGAUUUGAAGGCCUUCUCUUUUGAAGAAUAGAAAAACAAAAUUUUCUUCCCUUGCUCCCCUGGAGAGAUCCAGGGAAGAGGACAAAGCAGCAGGCAAGGGUGUGGGUCAGCCUCCUGCCUGGUUCCUUCCCUCCACAUGGAGACUCAGGGGCGGACAGGUGAGCCGCCUUCCGAGAAAAGCUACUUGUUUACUCCUUUAGCAGCUGUGUUUCUGGCUGUUGACUGUUGAACGAUUGAACGAUUCAGGAAUCAAGAUACAAACAGCACAUCAGGUUGUUGGCAAUAGCUAGAUGAAACCAGGACAGCGACCUAAAAAUAAAGCUCUUUGUCAUUU